AUGAAUGGGAUUUUCUUGAAGGCGGAAAUGCGAUUCAUUGAAAAAAAUUUUACAGGCCCAGAACUGAAAAUAAAAGAAUUUUUGAACGAAGAAGAGUACACAGCGAUUGAGAAAUUUGAGGGGAAUUUCCGUCGUCUUACCAGAAGUGCUUCUUCAUAUUUAAGCCUCAACUAUCGAAGAUAUUCCUCGAAAAUGCCCGUUCCUUGGAACAAGACGGCCGUGUCAGAGACACUUGAGCUCACGAAACCAUACACAAGCGACAGGGAUUGUUAUCUUACAACAAAGAGUAUAUUAGAAAAUAUGGCCCUGCCUCUACGAUUCAAACUAGAUUUCUGGUUUUUGUCUAGCUCAACAAAGAAAACGGAAGAUGGCAGCACCAUUCAGUACGAGAUAGUUUACCCAAAUCAAAGAUCCGCAAUCAACGACACAGUCUACAUCGCAUCGAAAGCCGACGCAGAAGAACUUCUGGAAGAAUGCUCCGACUCAACCAUUUUCCAGAAACUGCUUGAGUCGCAUCAUCUAGAUCUGAUGGCAUUCAAGUCUUCUGGUGUUUCAGUGUCAAGGCUUCUCGCAAUGUCCAUCACGAUUACGAAAACUCCCGCUGUUCCUGACUUCAAACAAAGCCGAGCGCCAACGAAGCAACUGGAGACCGCUUUUGAAGACUUCAAUAUUUCGGAAGAAUCCGAUAAUUCCUCUAUUGAUGAGCUCAUUUUUUGA